CGUUUGACAUUGGCUGUGCGCGUUCACGAGACGAAGUCCUGUGCGCGUGAAUCAGGAAAUAUGGCGGCGCUCACGCCACUCAGUCAGUUAUCAAGUGGAAACCCUACAUAUGAGAGCUUCUACAGACAGGUGGAUCCGGGAAACACUGGGAAAGUGGGCGCUGCAGAAGCCGCUCAGUUCUUAAAGAAAUCCGGGCUUUCGGACAGCACAUUGGGUCAGAUCUGGGAUCUGUCAGACCCAGAGAGAAAAGGUUACUUGGAUAAAAAGGGUUUCUUCACUGCUCUGAGGCUGGUGGCUUCUGCUCAAGGAGGAAGUGAUGUCAGUCUAAACAGUCUAAGCCAGAACAUCUCUGCACCCAUCCCUAAAUUUAGAGAUGGCGGCAGCCCGUCCCUGAACAUCACAACCUCUGCUGCUGAUUCCAGCUGGAUAAUAAAGCCGGAAGAUAAAGCCAAGUAUGAUGGGAUAUUUGAGAGUCUGUCUCCGAUUGGUGGGCUGCUGUCAGGUGAUAAAGUGAAACCAGUCCUAAUGAACUCAAACCUGCCUCUCGAUGUGCUUGGAAAGAUUUGGGAUCUCAGUGACAUUGACAAAGAUGGACACUUGGAUAAAGAAGAGUUUUCAGUGGUGAUGCACCUGGUUUAUGCAGCCAGAGAGAAGGAGCCUAUGCCAUCCUCCCUCCCCACCUCUCUCAUUCCUCCAUCCAAGCGGAAGAAGAUCGCGGGCGCUCUUCCGGGAUCCGUUCCUGUUCUUCCCUCUAGUCCGUUCCUCCUGAAGGAGAACCUGCGGCCCACGCCGGUGCUUUCCAAGAGUCCUCUGGGUAGCAGCACAAAUCUGUCUCCGUCGAACUCGUUCAAGCGCUCCACCCCGACACCACCGCAGCCUCAAACACACACACAGCAAGCGACCUCUGAUCACUGGGUGGUGCCGUUGGAAGACAGAGAGCAGUACGAGGAGAUCUUUGAACUGGCAGACUCUGAUUUUGAUGGGAUGGUUGGAGGGGUUGAAGUGAUGGGUAUCUUCAUGAACUCUCGGCUGCCUCAGAGCGUGCUGGCACACAUAUGGUCGCUGGCGGACACUCAGCGUACAGGCAAACUCACCAAAGAGCAGUUCUGUCUGGCGAUGCACCUGAUUCAGGAGAAGGUGAAAGGAGUGGAUCCUCCUCAGAGUCUGACCCCUGAGAUGAUACCACUGUCAGAGAGUGGAGCCGCCAGCACUCCGAUUGUCUCGGGAUUCACACCAUCAGUCACAUUUGAGUUGACCCCGUUGACCAGUCUGAGCAGAGACAGCAGCAGUUCUGUUGGGUUGGUUGAGCUGACGGGAAUCAAGGAUCUUGAUGACAUCAACCAAGAAAUCUCCCAGCUGCAGAGUGAGAAACACAUAUUGGAGACAGAAAUCAGGCAGAAAGAGGAAGCUCUGCGACAGAGGAAUAGUGAAGUGCAGGUGGUGCAGAGAGACCUGGAGCAUGAAAACGUGGGCCUUCAGGAUUUGGAGCACCAGAAACGGGACGGUCAGGAGCGACUCGGUGAGAUGGAGCAGCAGAGAGCCAAACUGGAGAGCAUGCUGGACGAGACCAAGAACAAGUGGCAGGAGGAGAACGCUAAAAUCACAUCGCUGCAGACACAGAUCCUGUCUCAGGAGUCAGACGUACAGAUGCAGGAGAAGGAGGUGAGCAGAACGAAGACGGACCUGUACUGUCUGGAACAAGAGGAGGAGCGUUUGGAGGAGGGUCUGCAUGCUGGGAAAGCCAAGCUGGACAGCAUCCUCAAACUGCUGAAGACAUCGCAGGACGAGAUGGACCAGACGCGCAGUGAGCUCAGGGAGAUACAGGAGGUUCAGCGGGAGCUCAAUAAGACCAUCGAGCGCUACAGCAAAGCUCUGAACGACAACACGACCAGCCUGGCCGAACUGGACCAGCUCAUCGCUGAGGAGAGCUCCACCGCUGACGCCAAGGAGGAUUCAUUGGUUAAGUCCAGGAUGGCCAUGUUUAACAGUAGUGGCUCUCAAGGCCUGAACGCAGACCCCUUCCAGAGUGAAGACCCCUUCAAAAGUGACCCCUUCCAUAAAGCUGAUCCGUUCGGAGGAGAUCCGUUCAAGCAAAAAGACCCGUUCAAAGACCCGUUCGCUAACUCUGAUCCCUUUGGUGAAAGUUCCUCAAGUCAGUUAAAGGCCAGUCCCUUCAGCAGAAGAAUCAGCCAGACAUCGAUGAGUCCCAAACCUAAAGACUCAGACCCGUUUGCUGCGUCAGACCCAUUCGGUAAAGACUCUUUUGGAGGGAAAGGUGGUUUCGCUGAUUUCUCUCAAAUGUCAAAGAGCUCAGAGCCUCAGAGCCGAAAGCCGACAUACCCGCUGCCUCCUCCCAAAAAACCUGGACCGCAGAGACCAGCGCCGCCUCCUUACGGGAAGAAUAGCGGUUCAGGGGUUCAUAGUCAAGGGUUUGGUGCUCCAGCCGUUCGAAAGACACAUACGGACAGAGGACCCGUCUCCUCGUCCUCAACAUUACGGUCUGCGGUUAACCCGUCCUCAGCAUUUACAGACUUUAGAGCUCUCGGAAAUGAGACGCAGCAGCUGGAGUGGGCGAAGCGUGAGAGUCAGAGAGAGGAGGCGGAGCGAAUCCGGAGGCUCCGCCUACAGGAGCAGCAGGAACUGGAACUGGCUCUGGCUCUCAGUCGAGCCGAAAUGCCCAGAACGUGAAGCUUCAGUCCUUCAGCGAGACUCCCCUAAAACGUUCAGAUGAAGCUUUUGCCCCAAUCACACGCUCUUCCUGAAGAUCUCUCAGGUUUGCUGUAGCAAUCACUGAACCAAUGAAGUACAACAAAACCAAAGGUCAAAGUUACAGAUUCACUUCACACAUUUGCUCAUGAACUGCACAAAACGCGCAACCACUCUAUUAUGCUUUAAAAAUAUUAUAUACAGCUUCACCAAAUACUGUAGGACCAGCUGGAGAUCAUAUAAGUGAGAUCUUUCAGUCUUAAGUCAUUUAUUAAUGCACAGAAGUCUCGUAAUAAAUAUCAACCCAUAUCUAUGGCCAGUGUCGGUUUUGCAAAGCCAAAAGUGCUUUAUAUCUUGUGUCUUUAGGACCUUAGUUUGACUUUGAUCAACUUCAACUCUCAACCAGACAUUUGGUUUAAUAAGAGGGAUGAAUUACUAAAUGCAUGACAUUUUCCACCGUUGGUCCACUUUAUGAUCAUAUAUGAUGUCUGUAUUUACAUAUAAACCUGCAUAAUCUAUGCAUUCCUGACCGUGAAGAACAAAUCCUCCUGAAUCUCAUUUUCCCUCUUGAUACUGUUUUAUUAGAUGCAUGAAGAUCAAAUGAAGCAUCUUCUUUAGUUUUUGAAGGAACCUGUUUUUAUUUGGGUUUUGCACUGUUCAUAUGAGAGUGAGCUGAUGUAAUGAUGACUCUGUAUUUUUUGUGUUAACCCUUUAAAACUUGAUCAGAUCCUCACACAAACCAGCACUCCUGAAGGAGGAGCUCUGCCCACUUUCAUCUGGUUUUAACCCUUUUCUAGACUUCUUGAAGUAUAUUUUGCCUUGAAGUGAAGCCUUAUACUGUAUAUUGAGCUUGUUCUUAUUAUGUAUUGAUAUAUUUAUUGCAUCUGUGAUACUUAACACUAAAAUCAGCAGGUUAUGGAUUGUUUAUAUGCUAGAGAAGGAAACUCUGGUGUGUGUAUAUGGGUUUGAUUUUCUCUUUUAUCAUUUUGAAGAUUCUACUGACCUUCCGUGUUUUUAUGUGUUUUGUUUUUUUGGUGGAAAAGGGUUAAAAAUGAUUUUACAAUGUGCUGCUUUUCAACGUUUUAAUAAAUGUCAAACAUAUUUAUCUGAA